AUGGCUGAUGCGUUUGAAGUUGGGGGUGCUCAUAAUGAUGAUAAUCCUAUUGCUUUGGCCGAUGAUAGAGCCCGAGCAAUAAGAGAGUAUGCAACCCUUGUGUUCAAUGAGCUUAAUCCGGGUACUGUGAGACCCGAAAUCCAAGCACCUCACUUUGAGCUCAAACCUGUCAUGUUUCAAAUGCUCCAAAGGGUUGGUCAAUUUAGUGGGUCGCCAAUGGAAGAUCCACACCUCCAUAUUCGCUCAUUUUUUGAGGUGAGUGAUUCUUUCAAGCAACAAGGAGUAAGUGAAGAGGCUUUAAGAUUGAAGUUGUUCCCAUUUUCCUUAAGGGAUCGGGCUAGAGCAUGGCUUAAUACUCUUCCUCCCGAUUCGGUGACUAGUUGGAAUGACUUGGCUGAAAAGUUCUUGAGAAAGUACUUUCCUCCGACAAGAAAUGCAAAUUUUCGAAGUGAGAUCAUGUCCUUUCAACAAUUAGAAGAUGAGACUGCUAGUGACGCAUGGGAAAGAUUCAAGGAAUUGUUGAGGAAGUGCCAACACCAUGGUAUUCCUCAUUGUAUCCAACUUGAGACAUUUUACAAUGGUCUCAAUGCGGCCUCUAGGAUGGUGUUGGACGCUUCCGCUGAUGGAGCCAUUCUUUCUAAGUCUUACAAUGAAGCUUUUGAGAUUUUGGAAAGGAUAGCUAGAAACAACUAUCAAUGGUCAACUAAUAGAGCUCCUACAAGCCAAAAAGUAGCGGGUGUUCUUGAAGUAGAUGCUUUGACCGCUCUAACCGCUCAAAUGGCCUCAAUGACCAACAUUUUGAAGAACAUGAACAUGGGAGGAAGUGUACAACCAGCCGCUGCCAUUCAAAGAGCAGAAAUUUCUUGUGUGUAUUGUGGUGAUGGGCAUACUUUUGAAAAUUACCCUUCAAAUCCAGCUUCGGUUUGCUAUGUGGGUAAUCAAACUUCAACCGCAACAACAAUCCAUACUCAAACUCCUGCAAUCCGGCAUGGAAGCAUCAUCCAAACUUUUCAUGGGGAGGUCAAAGGGCAAGUUCAAGUGGAGCACAAGCACAAGGAAAACAAUCAUUUCCACCGGGAUUUUCUCAACAACCAAGACCUCAACAACCACACCAACCUCAAGGCUCUCAAACAAAAUAGACCACAAGGCACUUUGCCUAGUGACACCAACAACCCACGAAGAGAUGGCAAACAAACCUUAAGAAGUGGAAAAAUUCUUGAGUCAAAUGCGGUUGCAACAGGCAGUAAGGAGCCCUCUUCAAUCCAAAAAGAGGGGGAAAUGAAGAAAAAACCACCAAUUUCAGUUGCUGAAAUUCCCUUAGAUGUUACAGUAUCAGAUCAGCAUUCUGCUGUAGAAAAGUCUUUACAAAAGCCACCUCCACCAUUUCCUCAACGGUUAAAGAAGCAACAAGACGAUGGUCAAUUCCAGAGAUUUCUUGAUGUUCUGAAGCAGCUCCACAUCAAUAUACCAUUAGGGGAAGCUUUGGAGCAAAUGCCAACCUAUGUGAAGUUUUUAAAGGAUAUUUUGACAGAGAAAAGGAGGCUUGGCGAGUUUGAAACUGUCGCUUUAACAGAGGGCUUUAGUGCUAUGUUGAAGAGCAAAAUUCCACCCAAAUUGAAAGAUCCGGGCAGCUUCACAAUUCCAAUUUCUAUUGGGGGUCGAGAUAUUGGAAGAGCUUUGUGA